GAGAUAAACCCUCUUUUCUCCCUCCCACCAAGUGGUUUUCACCUGAAGAGCGAAACAUCGCUUCAAAAUACUCAGGAGAUGGGCAAUUAUCCUUUCUGGUUUGCAGGAGUUGCAGCGUCGCUGGCCGCAUGUUGUACACAUCCUCUGGACUUGACGAAAGUUCGCAUGCAAACUAUACCAUCCACAUCCGGAACGCGUCCUUCAGCAUUUGCCCUUAUCCGUGCUUCCGUUGCAGAAUCUGGAAUCAGCAGUCUAUACACAGGACUCACUGCUUCGCUCCUUCGGCAAAUGACGUACUCUCUAGUUCGCAUAGGGAGUUACGAGGAGAUGAAGCGUCGUCUGGUUGAGAAUGGUUCGGCAUCUACGGGCAAUUUGCUGAUGGCUGCAGCUGUAGCUGGCGGACUCGGAGGCGUAGCUGGCAAUCCUGCAGAUAUCUUGCUUGUAAGAAUGACCAGUGAUUCCAUACGACCGCCAGACAAGCGAUAUGGCUAUAGAAACGCGCUAUCUGGUCUGGUUUGUCUCAUUAGAGAAGAGGGUAUCAAAGGAUUAGGUCGGGGCAUUGGAACUAACACUACGCGGGCAGUCUUAAUGAAUGGUUCUCAGAUGGGGUCCUAUGACUUCUUUAAAACGACUCUCCUACGGCAACCCAUACCAGUUCUCGACUUUCAAUUUCGCGACAACAUCUUAACGCAUGUCGUGGCGAGUUGCCUGGCAGGAACUUUUGCUACUACUGUUUGUUCUCCGGCUGACGUCCUGAGGACCCGCGUCAUGUCUUCAAGCGGAAAAGCUAGCCCAAUAGAUGUUCUCGUUCGCUCGCUGCGAGAAGAAGGGCCUGCCUUCCUUUUCAAAGGAUGGACACCAGCAUUUAUCCGCCUAGGACCCAAUACAGUAUUAAUGUUUGUUUUCUUCGAGCAACUGAAAAAAGGAUGGACCCGUCUCACUACCACGUCGUAAUAACAUAACAUUCACUGCACAUACUCCACACUGCAAAGGAUACAAAUCAGGACCAGUUUUACAUACUAGACCAUGAUACCCUACCAGUGGAUCGUAGAUUACUGGCAGUACCCAUUAUCACUAGAUCAUUUCAUCAGUACUAGACUCAUCCUAUAACUGGAUGUAUAUGUAUCUAUAUUUUGUCAGAAAUACCGGAUAUAUU